AUGGAAAGAUGCUCAUCGCCUCCACCUGGAGCGAUCGACUUCACCAUACCCUUUGAGCCUUUCAAGAGAGUCAAGGCAAAGGGUCAGGUCAUUGGCUACUACGACCCUAGCUCCAAAGUCGCCUGCGCGGACAGCUAUGACGGCUUGAGAAAAUUUCUUGCUCACUGCCAAGGCAUGUUCGAUCGUGAUAGCCCUUUGGUAUGCCAAGUCACUCGCGAUCCGGACUACGACGGCACAAUCACCUUCUUCGCAAAAUAUCCCGACACUUUCCCCAGGACCUUCCAUCUACGAGAGGAGGGGCGGUUCAAUGGGAAGCCGUACAAGAUGACGAUCAUGAUCGCAUCCAAGAAUGGCGAUGUCAUGAUUGAGCAAGAGCCUGAUGAAAGUGACGAGACUGUUGCACCUGCGACAGUCUCUUGA